AGUACAUAUUGCUUAUUAACAAGAUACACCAUUACUUCUCCAGAUAAACAUGCUGCACAGGAAAGUCAAUAAAUACGUCAUCUUCACACUCGUUCUGUUAGCUGUGAAUGUCAUAGAGCUGUUCAUGGUGGGCCGAUACAUCGCGAUCAUAGAUGUUUCCAACAGGUCACUGCUUGACCACAAGACAUUACUUAUCCUGCUGAAUAAUAAACUCAGCAAUAAAGACAGCAACACAGCAUCGGAACAUCUAGAUCACAUGAUCAAUGUCGUGAGCCCACAUUCGUUCAAACUGAUAAAUAAGCCUAAAGUUUCUUGCUAUCAUUCAGAGCUUGUGAUUUGUGUUCUGUCCAAGAGAAACCAUUUCCACACUCGUCGGACCAUUCGUGAAACAUGGGGAAGCUAUGCCUACGACAGGCGUAACAACGCAUCCCUGAUCUUCUUCAUCGGAUCAGAAAUCACUUCAACAACCCUUCUAGACAGCGACCAGCCAAUGGUUGACGCGGAAUCGAACAUUUUCGGUGAUAUACUGCAGGAAGAAUACAUAGACAGCUACAAUAACCUCAGUUUGAAAACUGUGUCUGUUCUUAAAUGGGUCACUUUCCAAUGUCCCAAAAGUAAGUUUAUACUUAAAUCUGACGACGACAUGUUUAUCAAUGUCCCAUUUCUGGUAAGGAAACUUCGAGAAAUAGAGCAUCGUCUGCCACAAUUUGUCAUGGGCAGCGUGAGAUAUCACGAGAAACCAAAUCGGCAGAAGAGCUCUAAAAUAUACACGCCCUAUUCCGUUUAUAAAGAAGAUGAGUUCCCGCCAUUCACCGCCGGUCCCACCUACGCCAUGACCACCAAGACUGCAAAGCUCCUGUACCAGACGACAUUGCAGCUGCCCUUAUUUCGUUUGGAAGAUGUUUACGUCACCGGGUUUUGUGCACAAAAGGCCAACGUGAGUCUAGUGAAUAACGCUCAUUUUUUAGAGGGCAAGCAUGACGCUUCGGGAUGUUUAUUUCGAAAUCAGAUUUCAGGAGAAGGUUUCACAACAGAAGAGAUUAUUCAAAUUUACAAAGAGCUUAAUGAUGAAAAUUCAGAUUGUGACUAAGUUCAAAUUAUUUAUCUUCGCUAUUUCUAAUAGUCUUCAGAGAUGGCUACGUUAUAAAGGCAACAUCGAAUGAAUUUCUCUAAAGACAAA